CGCAUCCACGUGUCGAAAGACGGCUGCUGCGGACCCUUCGUGGACGUAGGGGCGGAGCAACUGUGGGCGGAGGUGUUGCGAGAGGUGAUAAAACACGGGCUUACCGCGCGGGGGUGGUUAGAUUAUCUUGAUCUCACUGUGGGUGGAACAAUCUCUGUUGGCGGAGUCGGUGGCUAUAGUUUCAGGCAUGGGCCGCUCGUGAGAAACGUCUUAGAGCUGGAUGUCAUCACCGGAAAGGGGGAGAUGUUAACAUGCUCAGAAGACCUCAAUCAAGACUUAUUUCAUGCUAUCUUUGGAGGAUUAGGCCAAUUUGGUGUCAUCACUAGGGCUAGGAUUGCCCUGGAUCCAGCUCCUACUAUGGUGAGAUGGGUUGCCCUAGUCUACAACGAUUUCAAUAUAUUUUCCAGUUGUGAGGAGCACCUGAUUUCCUUGGAUGGAGACAAGGAGAUGAAGAAAGGAUUCAACUACAUUGAAGGCUUCUUCUUCUCAGACAGCAAUCACGUAGAAAACUUCAUUUCUCCCUUUCUGUCUGGGAGGGAUAGAGUGCUUGUUGGUGCCUUCGCUGACAAGAAUAAAGGUGCCUACAUUAUUGAAGCCGCUUUUCAUUAUGAUGAAAGCUCUGCAGCCACCGUCGACCAGGACAUUGACGCAAUUCUCAGCGACGUCAUGAAUGGCUUGCAGCUUAAGUUCACCACAGACCUCUCAUACACCGAGUUCGUUGACCGGGUUCGCGUCGAAGAGCAUAAGCUCCGUCGUCGCAACCUGUGGAAUCUUCACCAUCCAUGGCUGAACAUGCUAGUUCCUAAAUCAAAGAUAAACUUUUUCAAUGAGAAAGUCUUCAAGGGCAUCUUCCAAGUGGAGAAGCCCUUAGGUGUCAUCCUUGUUUAUCCCAUGAAUAGAAACAAGUGGGAAGAGAAAUGGUCUCUUAUGUUUCCAGAGGAAGAAGACAUAUUCUACAAGAUUGGUCUUCUAAUUGCCACAGAAGCAGGAGAUUUACAGCGUGUGCUUGGUCUCAUUGAGGAGAUUAAGAGAUUUAGUGAUGAGAAUGGCUUAGGGAUGAAGGAAUACAUGCCAUACUACAGAAGCACAGAGGAGUGGAAGAGGUAUUUUGGAUCAAAAUGGGAGAGGAUUGUGAAGCUGAAGAUGAAGUAUGAUCCCAAGGCAAUUUUAGCUCCAGGCCAAAUGAUAUUUACUUCACCACAUCUGGAAUGA